AUGAAGUUGCUGGAGCUCCUUGAUCAAGGGGUUCCCAUUGAUAUCAAGCAUGGCGGCUGGACUGCCCUUGGUUGUGCAGCGCACAAAGGACAAUUGGAUGCCGUCCGAGCUCUCCUCCUUCACGGUGCUGAUAUGGACAUACGAAUGGAUGUUGGUUUCGGUUUUCUCCCCGGCGACGGCAGUGCUAUCAACUGGGCAGCUUGCGGUGGCUACCUCGACGUCGUCAAGAUACUCUUGGAGAAAGGAGCCAAAUCAAAUAUCUGCGCGAAAAGACCACUGUCCAUUGGCACUAUGGGAACGCCUGUUACUAUGGCUGCGAGGAAGGGCCACAUAGAAGUCGUUCGGUAUCUCCUUGAGAAUGGCUGUGAUGAUGAUUCCGCAGAUGGUAUUCCCGGCUGGGAUGCUUUCAUCAUCGCAUGCGAAAGAGGACAGCUCAGCAUUGUCAAAUACUUGAUCGAGGAAAGGGACAUCAAUGUUGACAGGAAUGGCAGUAAUGGCGUUACGCCUCUGAUUACAGCAGCUCAGAGUCAGCAGACCGCCAUCAUGGAGUACUUGGUCAAGCGCGGAGCGCACAUAGACGCGGUUGACAAUGAUGGAAGCACGGCCUUGCUCCAUGCUGUGACUAAGAAAAGAGCUGGCGCGGUAGAGUGGCUGGUGAAACAUGGUGCAGACGUGAGGAAGCAGAAUAACAAGGGGAUCGCCCCGUUGAAGCUGGCAAAGGAUGAGUUACGGAAGAACCAGGAUGACAAGAACGGGGCAGCUAUGGUUAAAUGGCUUGAGACUCCGAUAAACGUUGUAUUUCACACGAAGACUUAG